AUGACCGCCGAAGUAUCCCACGGCCGGGGAGGCGCCGGCAACAUCAACCCCGACGAGACAAAGUAUGUCGAUGGCGAGGUUGUCCGCACAGGAGUUGAAGGAAGCCAUGGCGACGGAGCGUACAGCUCUGGUAGAGGAGGUGCCGGGAACAUUGGCGACGUUGGAGCGCCAGCUACACAGCGCAAGGAUCGCGAUCUUAUCCCAGAUGUAGCCACUCGCCCUAGCUGCGACAAGCAGGACUUUCACACAGGUCGUGGCGGAGCUGGUAAUGAGCAUUCAGCACACGAUCAUAAGAACGGAAACGGCCAUGGCAAGGAAGCAGAGGUAGCUGCGGCUACGGUUGAUACAAAGAAGUUGGAAAGCCCGACAAGCCUGGCGGAUAAGCUUAAGCAUAAGUUGUUUGGUGCGCUUAAGGCGUGA